UCAUUACCUGUUUAGUUUUAUUAUUUACCUUUUGUGAUAACAAGUUUUAUAAAAUUCCCAAAAAUUGCAUUUAAAAUCUUGCAUUUACGGCACAAUUAUUAAAAAGAAUAUGUCUACUGCACUAAUUACUAAGGAAUUAUUCAACAAGAUGGAUUUCAAUGCCCCUAUUGCAACCAAAGCAGCUGAUACUAAUAAAGGUAACAGCUCACAACCCACCGUGUUAAUAGUGUUUGCCAAUAGUAAUAUUAAUGCUGCUCUCUACCAUUUAAACAAAUCUUUGGAAAACCCUUUUGCAACUAAAGCUAUUGCCUCCGUUUUGGUGCAAGAAUCAAUAAAAAAUGAUUUUGUGGAGAAACUAAAACAACAACUUAAAUCAUAUCCAAAGGAAGCAGUAAACAAUAAUGAACAUUUUAUUAAAGCUUUAAGCACGGCCCACAAAUUAAGUGCCCAACUUAUAAGUGUUGAUCAAAAGGAAACUAAUGUUUAUGCUCCCACAUUAGUAUGUGAUUUCACCCAUGAACAAUUGGGCUCUACUACACCCUCAGGAAUAGUUACCCUCCACACUUUCCGUACUGCUAAAGAAGCUAUUGCUUUAGUCAAUAAGGAAUCGUUGAAAUUUACUUCGGUCUCUAUUUGGCAUGAAAAUCAUAGUUAUGCUUAUGAAUUGGUGGCAGCUCUUAAGUCGGAAAACUAUUUUAUCAAUUGUUAUCAAGUGCCUUUGAACGGCUUGCCUAAUAAUGUUGCAUUGGGUAAUAAUUAUGUGAAUUUGGAUAAAUCCUAUCAUUAUGAAACAUUACAACAUGAAGGCGUACAAAAGUGUAUUGUAUUCCCCAUUGGCAGUAUAUUUGCUAAUUGAGUGAAGGUUUCUGUUAACUAUGUUGAUAUUUAAAGAUUUUUUUUACGAUUUUCUUUUAUACUAAUAAUAAAGUUAUAUAAUUUGUUAAAUUAACUUCAAAAGUUAAUAAAAAGUUAAUGAAUUAAAAAAAAAUGAUUUUUUAUAUAAAAAUUUAAAAAAUAUAUAAACGUAUGUUUAAAAAAUAUAUGUUUUAAAAUAUAAGUAUAAGAGAUUUCAUUUCAACAGAGUAUCUCUUACGGAAGAGCAUAACAUUAUCAUUUCUUAUUUUGUUUUCACGACGACAAUUUUUUAUAAACCGUAAUUGUUAACGUUGUUUUUAAAAUAUGAUAAAAAUUAAAAUUUGCAAUUGUAUUUUCCAAAGUCGGGCAAUUGUUUAAUGUUGAUCUUAAAUGUGACUACAUACUAUUGUUUAAGAUAAACAAUCAUAUAAAAUUAUAAUUCUUUUUGUAGGCGUAUAAAUUUAAAACGUGUCAUAAUAUUCAGCAUAUUUUUAACAUUUUUUUAUAAAGAUUUACAAUGUUUUGCUCAUCACACUCUCAUCUCUAAAAAUAGUCUAUAACAAUUGUUUUAUCUAUGUAUUUCUCUUAAUCCCAACUGUCUUUACAAGAAGAAUUUCUUUUUAGAAAUAUGGAAUUUCUUCGACUUGGGCUGUUUCACAUUUAAGAAUUUUAUUAUCUAAUGCUGAGAAUUUUACAGAAAUCCUUCAGGCUUCAUAAAUAAUUUUAAUUAAUUUGCGAUAUUUAAGAUAACAAAUAUUUUUAUAAAUAAAAAAACUAGUUUUGAUGAUUUAAUACUUUAAUAAACUGCAUUAAAUGUUUAAACUUAUUACUUA